AUGUGGGGGAUUGAUAUCCUAGGACCCUUCACACCUGCGGCCCAAGAAAAAAAGUUUGUAAUAGUAGCAAUUGAUUACUUUACAAAGUGGGUUGAAGCAGAGCCUCUGAUGCUCAUUAGUGAGGAGAAAGUCGAGAAGUCUUUAAGCAUUCAGUGGUUUUCAGGAGGAGAUACAUGGCUCUUCUCUACAUCUUCAUCAAUUCAUUCAUCUUGCAUUAUGGGAUAUCUCUUAAAAGCGUAUUUUGAAAUGUUAGAUUUGCCAGCAAAUGAAACUUUCAAAACUAAACAAAACAGGAAGAAGAUAGGUCCUAUCACUUGGUCCAGCAAUGAGGUUGUUGUACUAUUUACGUUCAUGGUAGAUAAUAUAAGGUCUGGAAACAAGACUGAUGCAACUUUUAACAAGAAUGGGUGGGAUGACAUUCAUACCCGGUUAGAAGCCACUCUUGGUAGGGUGUUUGAUAGGGAACAGAUAAGGAACAAGUUCAAUAAGAUGAGGAUAGUGUAUGGAAGUUUCAAACCAUUGCUUCAAUUGACUGGGUUUGGAUGGAACUCAAUCACCAACACGGUUACUGUUGACGAUGACAGUGUUUGGGAUAAAGUUAUUGCAGUCAAUUCAGGAUUGAAAAAGUUUAGGCAUCAAGGCUUGUCACAAUGGCAUGAACUACAAAUUAUAUUUGGAGAUUCUUAUGCAUGUGGAUAUGGUGGAGUAGAUAACACGCAAGACUGGGUGACAACAGCGAUUGAAGAUCUAGAGGUUGAUGAGGAAAUAUCUACACCAUUCCACGACACUCCAAUAGGUCUAGAUAACCUACAAGUCAAUGAGGUUGGGGAAGGGAUACAUACUUCAACCUAUAACCAAGAUAGAACUCUAACAGCUAAACGGAAGCAGAGUGCUGCCAAUAAUCUCUCAAGUGCUUUGGGAUAUGUUGGGAAGUUGUAUAAGAUGAAGAUAGAGAAGGUAGCUACAAGUACUGAAGCUACUUCUGCACUUUCAAGAUUUAGUACAACAGCUUUCAUCGACACUAGUGUUUUGGAUUGUAUUGGAGCAAUCGAUGGUAGUCAUAUUAGUGCCAUAGUCCCAAAGGCAAAUGCUACUCGUUAUAGAAAUCGCAAGGGCAUUACCACACAAAACGUGAUGUGUAUAUGUGAUUUUGAAAUACGAUUCACGUAUGUUUAUGCGGGUUGGGAGGGCAAUGCUAAUGAUUGUCGUAUAUUUGAACAUGCAAGGAGACAUCCCGCAUUAGAGUUCCCACACCCACCUGAAGGAAAAUAUUAUGUUGUAGACUUUGGGUAUGCAAAUCAAGUUGGAUACCUGACCCCAUUUCGAGGUGAGAGUUACCAUAUUCCUGACUACCAGGGAGCUGGGAGAACCCAAAGACUGCUAAAAAGUUGUUCAACUACAGACAUUCCUCACUUAGGAAUGUAA